AUGAAAAGACUCCAAAAGCUGUCUCUUCAGAGCAAUAACAUAACUAACGUACAUUCCUUCAGUGCGUCGGUGUGUGUUCGGGAGAGCGUCGGUGUGUGUUCGGGAGGGCGUCGGUGUGUGUGUUCGGGAGAGCGUCGGUGUGUGUUCGGGAGAGCGUCGGUGUGUGUGUUCGGGAGAGCGUCGGUGUGUGUGUUCGGGAGAGCGUCGGUGUGUGUUCGGGAGAGCGUCGGUGUGUGUGUUCGGGAGAGCGUCGGUGUGUGUGUUCGGGAGAGCGUCGGUGUGUGUGUUCGGGAGAGCGUCGGUGUGUGUGUUCGGGAGAGCGUCGGUGUGUGUUCGGGAGAGCGUCGGUGUGUGUGUUUCGAGAGAGCGUCGGUGUGUGUUCGAGAGAGCGUCCGUGUGUGUUCGGGAGAGCGUCCGUGUGUGUUCGGGAGAGCGUCGGUCUGUGUUCGGGAGAGCGUCCGUGUGUGUUCGGGAGAGCGUCGGUGUGUGUUCGGGAGAGCGUCGGUGUGUGUGUUCGAGAGAGCGUCGGUGUGUGUUCGGGAGAGCGUCGGUGUGUGUUCGGGAGAGCGUCGGUGUGUGUUCAAGAGAGCGUCGGUGUGUGUUUGGGAGAGCGUCGGUGUGUGUUUGGGAGAGCGUCGGUGUGUGUUCGAGAGAGCGUUGGGAGAGCGUCGGUGUGUGUUCGGGAGAGCGUCGGUGUGUGUUCGGGAGAGCGUCGGUGUGUGUUCGGGAGAGCGUCGGUGUGUGUGUUCGAGAGAGCGUCGGUGUGUGUUCGGGAGAGUGUCGGUGUGUGUGUUCGGGAGAGCGUCGGUGUGUGUGUUCGGGAGAGCGUCGGUGUGUGUUCGGGAGAGCGUCGGUGUGUGUGUUCGAGAGAGCGUCGGUGUGUGUUCGGGAGAGCGUCCGUGUGUGUUCGGGAGAGCGUCGGUGUGUGUUCGGGAGAGCGUCGGUCUGUGUUCGGGAGAGCGUCCGUGUGUGUGUUCGGGAGAGCGUCGCUGUGUGUUCGGGAGAGCGUCGGUGUGUGUGUUCGAGAGAGCGUCGGUGUGUGUUCGGGAGAGCGUCGGUGUGUGUUCGGGAGAGCGUCGGUGUGUGUUCGGGAGAGCGUCGGUGUGUGUUCAAGAGAGCGUCGGUGUGUGUUUGGGAGAGCGUCGGUGUGUGUUCGAGAGAGCGUUGGUGUGUGUGUUCGGGAGAGCGUCGCGUCGGUGUGUGUGUUCGGGAGAGCGUCGGUGUGUGUGUUCGGGAGAGCGUCGGUGUGUGUGUUCGGGAGAGCGUCGGUGUGUGUUCGGGAGAGCGUCGGUGUGUGUGUUCGGGAGAGCGUCGGUGUGUGUGUUCGGGAGAGUGUCGGUGUGUGUGUUCGAGAGAGCGUCGGUGUGUGUGUUCGGGAGAGCGUCGGUGUGUGUUCGAGAGAGCGUCGGUGUGUGUUCGGGAGAGCGUCGGUCUGUGUUCGGGAGAGCGUCGGUGUGUGUGUUCGGGAGAGCGUCGGUGUGUGUUCGGGAGAGCGUCGGUGUGUGUUCGGGAGAGCGUCGGUGUGUGUGUUCGGGAGAGCGUCGGUGUGUGUUCGGGAGAGCGUCGGUGUGUGUUCGGGAGAGCGUCGGUGUGUGUUCGAGAGAGCGUCGGUGUGUGUUCGGGAGAGCGUCGGUGUGUGUUUGGGAGAGCGUCGGUGUGUGUGUUCGGGAGAGCGUCGGUGUGUGUUCGGGAGAGCCUCGGUGUGUGUUCGGGAGAGCGUCGGUGUGUGUUCGGGAGAGCGUCGGUGUGUGUUCGGGAGAGCGUCGGUGUGUGUUCGGGAGAGCGUCGGUGUGUGUUCGGGAGAGCGUCGGUGUGUGUUCGGGAGAGCGUCGGUGUGUGUUCAAGAGAGCGUCGGUGUGUGUUUGGGAGAGCGUCGGUGUGUGUUUGGGGAGAGCGUCGGUGUGUGUUCGAGAGAGCGUUGGUGUGUGUUCGAGAGAGCGGCGGUGUGUGUGUUCGGGAGAGCGUCGGUGUGUGUUAGGGAGAGCGUCGGUGUGUGUUAGGGAGAGCGUCGGUGUGUGUUCGGGAGAGCGUCGGUGUGUGUUCGGGAGAGCGUCGGUGUGUGUUCGGGAGAGCGUCGGUGUGUGUGUUCGAGAGAGCGUCGGUGUGUGUUCGGGAGAGUGUCGGUGUGUGUGUUCGGGAGAGCGUCGGUGUGUGUGUUCGGGAGAGCGUCGGUGUGUGUUCGGGAGAGCGUCGGUGUGUGUGUUCGAGAGAGCGUCGGUGUGUGUUCGGGAGAGCGUCCGUGUGUGUUCGGGAGAGCGUCGGUGUGUGUUCGGGAGAGCGUCGGUCUGUGUUCGGGAGAGCGUCCGUGUGUGUUCGGGAGAGCGUCGCUGUGUGUUCGGGAGAGCGUCGGUGUGUGUGUUCGAGAGAGCGUCGGUGUGUGUUCGGGAGAGCGUCGGUGUGUGUUCGGGAGAGCGUCGGUGUGUGUUCGGGAGAGCGUCGGUGUGUGUUCAAGAGAGCGUCGGUGUGUGUUUGGGAGAGCGUCGGUGUGUGUUCGAGAGAGCGUCGGUGUGUGUUCGGGAGAGCGUCGGUGUGUGUUCGGGAGAGCGUCGGUGUGUGUGUUCGGGAGAGCGUCGGUGUGUGUGUUCGAGAGAGCGUCGGUGUGUGUUCGGGAGAGUGUCGGUGUGUGUGUUCGGGAGAGCGUCGGUGUGUGUGUUCGGGAGAGCGUCGGUGUGUGUUCGGGAGAGCGUCGGUGUGUGUGUUCGAGAGAGCGUCGGUGUGUGUUCGGGAGAGCGUCCGUGUGUGUUCGGGAGAGCGUCGGUGUGUGUUCGGGAGAGCGUCGGUCUGUGUUCGGGAGAGCGUCCGUGUGUGUUCGGGAGAGCGUCGGUGUGUGUUGUUCGGGAGCGUCGGUGUGUGUGUUCGAGAGAGCGUCGGUGUGUGUUCGGGAGAGCGUCGGUGUGUGUUCGGGAGAGCGUCGAGAGCGUUGGUGUGUGUGUUCGGGAGAGCGUCGGUGUGUGUGUUCGGGAGAGCGUCGGUGUGUGUGUUCGAGAGAGCGUCGGUGUGUGUGUUCGAGAGAGCGUCGGUGUGUGUGUUCGGGAGAGCGUCGGUGUGUGUUAG